GCAGUUUUAAGCUCGUUGCAGUUUCAUAUUUUCCGCUCUUUGUUUCGCGUGAAGAAAAAAUAAGACGAAGAAGAAGAAACGUAUUGAGUUAGAUCAAAUAAGUUAAUUAAUAUUGCAUAAAAAGCUUCGUUCAUUUUUGUGAAGAAAAUUGAUGUAAACGAAAUCGAUAAAUUAAAGUUUUUCGGCAAAAGUAUUGUUUUCAAGUAGCAGAUGGCAUUCCAUUUGUUCACAUCAUCAAGCUAGUUAUUCGCAAAUUUGUUCAAAUCAAACGAGCUUAUUCCGACAAAUUCAUCGAGAUACAUGCUUUUAUACAAAAAAAUAAUAAUAAAACAGACAUAAAACAUAAUUUUUUGGACAUUACAGCAAAAAGCGAAAAUAAGAAGAAAAGACAAAUCUGCAAAAGAAGAAAGAAAAAAACUUUUUUCGAGUCCAAACGAAAGUGAAAACUUUUAUAAAGUGAUGUUUUGAGAUUUUUGGACCUGUUUUAUUUAUUCGUGUUGUAUUUAUUCUCAAAAAUCUGAACAGCCGCAAUUUGUGGGAAUUGCACAUUAACAAGAGGGAGGCAGAUGGAACGAAAACAAUCUUGGUACAUUCCACGACCAUCAUUGAGCUCCACUUCGAAUUCUCACACAAACAGAAGCAACGACUCAAUCAGAUGCUAUCAUCGUGACAGCGCAGUAAUUGAUAUUGAGCAUACGAAAGAAAAGAAAAGUUCAACGAAAGCUGCUGCAACUUCAUCAUCAUCUUCUACAAUUUCAUCGCAACGAUCUAAGAACAAGAGCCACAUGGAGACAUGCAUCGAUGGCGAAUGUGAAUCACCUAAAAGAGGAUCGAGGUCUUCACAGGGGUCAUCAGACAGCGAACAAAGUAUUCAUAGUGCCUCGUCUCUUCUUCUCACUGUCGCAAAUUUGGAGAAUUUCGCAAAAAUUCAAGACCAAACUCGCAAUCAUCAUAUCAACUUUCAUCAACAUAAUCUUCAUCUUUCAGGCAGUGUCAAUGACAUCGCUAAAACACAUAACAAAUCUUCAUCUGUCAUUAACAUUCAUCCGAAUAAUCUCUUAUCGCCCCCUCAUUUAAAGCCAACCAAAGAACUCGAUCAGUUAUCAACGGCAAGCUCUACACACUUCACGAUGGUCAACGGCUUUGGACGUUCAAAUAUGAAACGAAAUUCCAGCUACAUUUGCAAGCGAAGUCGUCAAGUUUCGGUGCUGAUUAUCACAAUGAGUGUUCUUUUUUUGAUUGGAAUUUCCACUGCCGUUGUUCUGCUUGAAAGUAAGUGUCAUAAUAUUUAUUUAUGUCUUAAUGGUGAAUUGUUAUUGCAACUUGCAUAA